CAAAAUCUAAGGACUAAGUUUAGGGGAUUACAUGUGCAUGCCAUAUUUGAAACUGCUUCAAGAGCGUACUCAGCUCAAGAAUAUUAUUCUGCCAUGGCUGAAUUACAGAAAAUUAGCCCUGAAAUGACUACUUAUCUUUUGGAAGCAAAACCAGAAAAAUGGGCUCGGCCAUUCUUUCCAACGAAGAGGUAUAACAUUCUUACAAGUAACAUUGCCGAAUCUAUAAAUGCAGCAAUUGUGCAUGCGAGAGAAUUGCCUAUAACGUCGUUAAUAGAAGCUAUAAGAGAGAUGCUUCAAAGAUGGUUUUCAACAAGAAAAGAAGCAGCAAUUAACCAAUUUGUUGAGGUGACAAAAUGGGCAAAUGAUGAAAUGGAAAUCAAACUUGAUGUGGCAUUUCGAAUGAAGGUAGAUGCAAUUGAUGCAAUGAAAUCUAGUGUCACAUAUGGUGAUCGAGUGUUUGUUGUCGACUUGGAACAACAUAUGUGCACAUGUAAUGAAUUUCAACUAGAGGGAAUUCCAUGUGCACAUGCUAUUGCAACAAUUGAAAGCAAGUACUUGGACAAGUACAAAUUUUGCUCAAAUUGGUAUAAAAAUUCUGUUUUGAAAGAGACAUAUGCAGGAUCAAUUAAUCCUCUUCCAGAUAAAGAUGAUUGGAGUGUCCCAGAUGAAAUUAUAGGAGAUAGCAUGAAAGCUCCAAAAUUCAAAGUAAAACAAGGACGUCCCAAGAAAAAAAGAUUUCCAUCAACAGGAGAAUUUCCCAAGCAUGUUCGAACAGUCAAGUGUGGAAAUUGCGGAAUAUUGGGGCAUAAUAGAAAGAAUUGUAAAAGCCAACCAAUUCUAAAAUAAGGAUAACAUUGAGUUGUGAAUUGCAUACAUAUCAUGAUCAUUGAGAUUGAUUAUUGUCCUUGAGAACAGUGCAUUAUGCAUGAAAGCAUAAACUGUUGUUAUCUGUUGCAGUCUAAAGACUAUAAAGAUGCAAUGUUAUACAUAUUUGUUGC